ACUCAGUAGUAGAAGAAGAAACUGAGCUGAGGCGGAAGUUAGAUGAAUGAUGUUUUCUUUCCUGAUUUGAUGUUUUUUCUCUUAUUUCUUUGAGUUUUUCGUCACUUUUUGAGUUUAUUCACAUUUAAAGUUUUAUUUGAARAUAAUUCUGUCGCUUCGAACCGUUUAGUUUCUUAUUUCUUAGCUGAACGAUGCAGAAGCGGGAAAUUUGAAAAAGAAAAACCAGUUUAAUUAACACCAGGACAAACCCGUGGGUUCUGUUAUGUUCCAUGAUCCGGAUCUCGGUCCGGAUCUGUCAUCCUGCAGCUCAAGCACCGGGGAGGUUUUAACCCGCUCCACUCGUGUUCUGGUUCCGAACCACAGAGACGGAACCCASCCGGUCCACAUCACGGUUCAGAGACUGCGGGACCCUCUCCGGCUUCACCGGACCGAGCAGAACCAGACGCGGCAGACGAGAGCCGAACCGAAACCAGACGACGUGGAUCCGGAUCGGGGAGCAGCGGGUUCCCAGCCGGACCGGAACCGGUCUGUCCGAACCACCGGCCGUGGAGGUGAGGAGCUGCUGACGUCGUGCUUCACCACGGGACAGAGACCAGCUGUCCUCCAGGCUCUGAGACAACGAGUCCAAACCGGGCUCCAGAAAAACAGCGGUCACAGCGCCCCCUGCAGGAGGGAGGUCCGAGUCCAGCUGCUGGAUCCACACCUGGUCCAGACCACUGCAGGACCUCAGGACACUCUGAGGGAUCAGGGUCCAGGCAGCGUGUCUGCAGCUCGGACUGAACCGGACCCGUUGUCGGGUCGCCCGGGGGACGCCAGCAGCACGGUGGCUGUAGCAGCUGCUGCCGCCGCUGUAGCAGCUGCUGCCGCUCCUCUCGUGAAGGCGCAGUCCGACAUCGAGGCGCGGGUGUCCCAGCUGGCUGAGGGUGUACAGAGGCUGCUGCACACUAACAGGGAUCCUGAGGGGCGGAGCCUCAGCCAGCAGACACUGCAGCAGCUGGAGACGCUGCAGAAACAGCAGCUCCAGCUGCAGAGCCAGCUGCUGGAGUCCGCAGUCAGGAUAGUGACAGGCCACGCCCCCGUGAAGUCAGACCCCAGAGCUGCAGAGAAGACUCGGAACCACAGCUCUUCUGCUGCUGUCCCUGUUACCAUGGAAACAGGCGGCCCUGACCCCAGGUCAGACCGGACCAGGUGAGUCCUCCGGACCGGGUCUCAUCGACCGUUUUCUGUUUUAUUUGGUACCAAAACAGAGGAAGCUCAGUUCUCUCAGUGUGUGUGUGUGUGUGUGUGUGU